AAACGUAUGCAACGAGGCGGAGCACAGGCACUUGACGAGCAAGCAAGUUGCAGUCGCGACCACGGAGAGAUGGAGACACGGCUGGCUUGUCUCCUCCUCGUGGCAGCAGCAUGGGCUGCACCACCACCUGCUCCUCGCGUGGUCGGAAACGCUACCGAGAUAGGUGUAGGUCGGGGCAAAAGAAACUCCGACUGCUAUGACUAUAGUAACUGGUGUAAUAUGUGCGACCCAUGUGUCCCGUGCUACAACAACCAAUACUGUUACCAGUAUAACUGCUAUGAUCCAUGUUGGGGCUGGACAACGCCUGCGCCCAUUUGGCCUCCUGUAGACCCCAUACCUCCAGUUUGGCCCACUGUCCCUCCUGUGUGGCCUACCAGACCACCCGUCGAUCCUACACCCCCAGUGUGGCCCACUGUUCCACCUGUGUGGCCAACGAGACCCCCAGUUGACCCCACACCACCGCCAUGGCACACUAGACCCCCUGUUGACCCCACACCUCCAUGGAACACUUAUCCUCCUGUUGAUCCCACACCGCCCCCGUGGUAUACUAGACCCCCUAUUGACCCCACACCACCCCCGUGGUACACCAGACCCCCAGUUGACCCCACGCCUCCAUGGAACACUAGACCCCCUAUUGACCCCACACCACCUCCAUGGUACACGAGGCCCCCAGUUGAUCCCACUCCUCCGUGGAACACAAGACCUCCCGUAGAUCCUACGCCGCCAUGGAAUACUAGACCCCCUGUUGACCCCACACCACCUCCAUGGAACACUAGACCCCCUGUUGACCCCACACCACCUCCAUGGAACACUAGACCCCCUGUUGACCCCACACCACCUCCAUGGAACACUAGACCCCCUGUUGAUCCCACACCUCCAUGGAACACUAGACCCCCUAUCGACCCCAUACCGCCAUGGUAUACUCGACCGCCAAGGCCAGAUCUGACUCCAGUUUGGGCAACAAAGACCCCAAGACCUACAAGACCAACCUAUAUCCCAAUCUGGCCUACUAAGACCCCAAGACCUACAAGACCAACCUAUAUCCCAGUCUGGCCUACAAAGACCCCACGCCCCACGAGACCAACUUACAUCCCAGCCUGGCAAACGAAGACCCCACGCCCUACACGACCAGCUUACACUCCAGUCUGGGCUACAAAAGACCCAAUUUUACCAACGCCCACACAAGCCUACACAAAACGUGGGUGUAACAAAGUCUGUGCUGAUGCUGAUCAAAAUUACUACUGCUGCAGUAAAGGGCAAAGUAACACUACACGUCUUGAUAACGUAAAUCUAGGUUCCUUAUCAGAUGAACAAGGACAAUGCCCAGCCCAAACCAGUGAUUGCUCAGCGGACAGACGCCGUUCAGCUGGAGAGACGCAGCCUGUGUGUAAGUUAGACAGAGACUGUGAAGGUAACCGACGGUGCUGUUUUGACGCAUGUGAACAGGAAUAUGUUUGUAUGGAAGCUGGGAGAAAUCAGGGAAGCGGAGACACAGGCGAGGACCAGUGACCACCGCAGUAGCAGGUCGUUCAGUUCGAGGAGACGACUUUGGGGCCGCCGAGGGAGUGGGUCGUCACGCCCCUUCACCCCCCACCCCCUCCCCCCGGCCGACACCUUCUGUACCUUUUGUUUGUUUAAUGAAAGAGGUUGCAUUUUU